AUGUGUCGCUGUCCCGAUUUGGGGAGUGUGUUACUUUUCGUAUACACUGCCUAUGCCCGUAAUAAGCAAGCGAGCGCACAGUCGAGACGAAGACCGUUGACGUACACCAUCUGCGAUGGAUGGGAUGGAGCGAAGUGGGAAGCUCGCAACAGGCCUAGGCGAUCCACGCCUCUGCGUAAGGAAGGUGCAUCUGAGGGAUCAGAGAUGAGCGUGACGAUUGAGAGGGAUCGUCAAGGAGACGAUUCGGAAAAACAAGGGCUCACAGGUGCUACCAAGAAUGAACUGAAGACCCCCAUUUUGGGUAGGGAGCUCGAACUGCGCCUAGGCGACCAAGACCCUUUUAACGGUGACGACGCGCCCCUGGAAACCAUGCUCAUGAUUGAAGGCGACGCGAUAUUCGUCGUUUGA